UGGGUGAUAAAAUGAAAGCGUGGUGUUUCUUCUCUUCUCAGUUCAGCCUGCGUGUGCGUGUGCGCGUGGGAGUUAGAGUGAGAGAGAGAGAGAGCGCGUGCGUGCGUGAGAAAACCGGAGCGGUGUGUAUAGAGGAAGGGACAGGGGAGCGCGAGGCGCGAUGUCGUCGAGACGCACGAGCCUGUGGAUUAAUAUGAUUAUAGUCGCCGUUAGUGUUCUUAUCGGGACGGCGGAGGUGAGCGCGAGACGGCACGACGAGUCGGUGCUGGUGGAGAGCGUGACCCGCGCGCGCUGCGCCUCCCGCUGCCUCAGUCUGCACCUCACGCGCAUUUCGGCUCUCUUUAAACACUCUCAGGGAAAUGGAUCUCUGGUUUGGUGUCAGAAUCACAAGCAGUGUUCCAAGUGUCUGGAGCCCUGUAAAGCAUCAUGGGACCUCAGAGAGAACGAGUGUCAGGAUUUGUGUGAGACUGUCUUCCCGAAUAAACAGUCCGAGUGCGUGGUGAGCUGUGAGUUUUUCCUCUCGGUGGAAACAGUGAAGCAGGGGGCGUGUCCAGCUCCGGAGCGAGCGAGCGGAUUUGCUGCCGCAUGUGUGGAGAGUUGUGAGAGCGACGCCCACUGCUCCUCUCACAAGAAGUGCUGCUCGAACGGCUGCGGACGGACCUGUCAAACGCCCAGGAACAUUUAUAAAGGUGUUCCUCUGAAGCCCAGGAACGAACUGACAUUCCUGGAGUUGCCGUCAGGACAGCUGGAGGUCCGCUGGUCUUCAAAGUUUAACGUUUCAGUAGAGCCGGUGGUUUACGUUGUACAGCAGCGCUGGAAUUACGGCAUCCACCCGAGUGAGGACGACGCAACGCCGUGGCAGGACGUGGCACAGGUCACAGAAGAGCGUGUCGAGUUGGCGGAGAUCAGAGCCACUCGGUGGUACCAAUUUCGUGUAGCGGCCGUGAACAUACACGGCACUCGCGGAUUCACGGCGCCAAGCAAACACUUCCGCUCGUCCAGAGAUCCGUCUCCUCCUCCACGCCCAUCCGGACUUAGGGUGUCCAACCUAACGGCGGACGGCGGCGGUUCGGUGAUGGCACAUCUGGCCUGGACGCUUCCCGAAGAGCCGGACGUCCCCGUCCAUCAUUUUAAGAUCUCCUGGAGCUGGAACGUCGCCGGAAAAACCACCAGAAAAACCACCAUUCCUUCCAUAAAGAAGAGGAGGAAGACCAUCGAUGGGGUGAAGAGCUCGGUGAAUCUUGAAGGUCUUGCAGUAAACAGCUCGUACACUGUGGAGCUUCAGGCCGUGGCUCUGUGGGGUUCAGCUAGACUGAAAAGCCCCAAAACAGCUCUGCAGUUCAGCACGGCUCGGGAGAACGAGAGCACGAAGCUCACGACAAAGCUGAACAAAGCGUAUCCGGCAGCAGCGAGGAAGUCUGCGAGCUCCCUGGAGGCGGGAACGCCGUUUUACCAGGACGGACAGCUGCAGGUUCGGGUUUACUGGAAAAAGAGAGGAGAUCCCACGAUGAGCCGCUUCCAUGUCCAGUGGAUGUCUGAACUCUGCCGCCACAACGAGACCAAAUCCCCGGAGAAAUCUGUCACACACGAGAAUUUCAUCGACCUCGCCGGCCUGCUUUUCUCCUGCAAGUACAGAGUGACCGUUCACACCCUCAAAGCCAAGAAGCACUCUGAACUGGGCACGGUUGCCUUCACCACGCCGUCUUGUCCUGCCGUACGGAGUAAAAGUCACAAAUCGGUGAUUUGUCCAGGAGAAGAAGCCGUGAAGGUGUUGGCCAAACCGGAGAACCUGACUGCGUACUUUACGGCUAACGGCGAAAACGUGACUGGACACUUCCUCUGGCACAUCUCCCGCCCUCAGCCUCCUCAGCCAAUCACGGGCUUCCAGGUCACGUGGGCGGAUGUAACGGUGGCGAAUCGGGAGAACAGCCUUCCGAACAGCAUCGUGUCCCAGUCCCAGAUCCUCCCUCCGGAUCAUAACUUCCUGCAGGUCUUGAAUCUCAGGCCUGCCUCCUCCUAUAGAUUAGAGGUGCAGGUCAUCACCAGUGUAGGAGAAGGUCCUGCUACCAUGAAGGUUUUCCACACGCCCAGUGUUUCCUCAGCCGUGCACCACAGGCCCAAACUUCGUCAGCACUCAGGACAUCAGAAAUACUCAUCAGAAAGACACUGAGAGACCAGAACACCUUCAGAAAACCUCAGCGUCUCACAGACAAUCUCUUGGACUGAUUCCUUCACUGAAGAACUACUUCCGUGUUUGGUUCUGGACUGGUUCUCCCGCUGAAAUGAAAUCUUGGCUGUGAGAUCUUCUGAUGACCCCGAUGGCAGAAAUGGUCAUGGUUCUGGUUCUCCUGGUAAAACUGGUUCUUGUGUGGUUUUCCUGCUAUGAUUUGAUCUGGACUAGCAUUUGGCGGUGCAAGUUCUGGACCGGUUUUCCUUGUAAAGCUAGUUCUGGCGUUGGAGCUGAACUAGUUUAUAGUCUGUCAGUACAAGAUCUGGACUGGUUCUUCUCCUAAAACUGAAUCUGAUCUGCUUUGUUUCCGGUACUGUGUAUACUGACAGAACUGGUACUAGAAGUGUAUUGUGGGCUGGGUCUCCUUCUGACAACACUGAUUCUGCACUGUUCUUCUGGCUACAAAGUUAUGGACUGGUUCUCCUAAUGAAACUGGUUCUACUUCUGGAACUUGUCCAGAACCCGGUUCUGAAAGGUACUAGACUACUCAUAGAAAUAAAAUAAAAUGAAAAAAUGGAAGUAAGUUUUUUUUUUUUAAAGUGAGAAUAAAAUAUUUUUCUACUUCAUGCUGAGGUUUGAACAGAUGAAUGUAUCUUCAGAAACGUGGAACUUUAGCAGUUUUUGACUGGAAAAUGUUCAAAACUGAAACAAGAACAUCUCCUUACUUUUUUAAACUGUAAAUGAGUUGAAACGCAUGUCCGGUGUUGUCCUUUACUGAAAUAAUGUGUGAAUAUUUUCCACUAACAGAUUAACAGAGAGCCGAUACGAGGAAUAUUACUGCGCAUAUUGUUUAUUAAUAACUUUAUAACUUUGGGAUGGAUUAAACUGAUAAAAUGGUCGAAAAUGUUCUUGGAGAACAUAUUUGCGAUGUCAAUAUUUAUUUAUGUGUGUACUUUUUGAGUGGUGUAUGUGUGUAUUGUACUCUCCUGGGGCUUUUCCCCGAAACUGACAAGUCCUGGUAAAGAGGUUUUGUAUAAAGUGAAAAGUGUAAAUAUAGUAUAUUUUUGGCAGUUAGACCUUGUACAUAUUAUUCAGUAAUAAAAUUAUACCUCAGUCCAUUUACCUCAGAAUAUUUCCUCUACUGAAGUGUGUUAGCAGUGAUUCAUUUUCUGAAGGAGUAAAAAAAAAAAAAAAACAGUCGAAAGUUGUUAUUAUUACUGAUGUGUUGUGCUAUUUGAUAAAGAAUGAUUUUAAGCAUUCGUGUCAGGGGAAAAAUAAAAUUUCAUUUUUUAAAUUCAUUUUUGAAUUAAUUCAAGGUUUCCUUUAACUGACAUAAUUUUUAUUUAAACUGAAAUAUGAAUUAAAAUGUCACUAUUACUGUUUCCGUUUGCUAAUCAGAGCUUUUCUAUGCUAAUUAGCCGAUUGCUAUGGUUUAGCCAUUCGCCAAAUUCCUUCAAAAAACUCUAAAUUAGCCUUAAAUUAGGUCUCAUCUUUGAUAAUGAUGCUGUUUUGCUUUUGUUUGUUCUUUUUUGGAAUAAAUAUACUUUUUAAAAGCUGCUGAUUUGUGCUUUAGUGCACUCAUUAGCUUUGCAUAUGCUAGUAAAAUUAGCAUAUUUUCUAGUAAGCUGUUUCGAUAACACCGUAAAGCAUUAAAUUAAAUUAAAUUAUGGUUGUUGUUGUUGUUGUUGUUGUUUGUUUUUUAGCUUUUUUUCUUAGCCCUUCACUGUCAUGCUACGCUAAUCAGUUUCAUCUGCAUGCUAACAAAUUUACUUUCAGUAGCUUGGCAGGCUGUUUUAAAAUAAAUCACUUACUUUAACUAAUGAAAGAUGAGAUG